GGAAAAAUAAAAAAGGAAAACCAAAAAAAAGAAAAAGAAAAAAGGAACAUUAUUAUUUGAAAACCUCCGGCGGGGUGCCGUCACUAACAACCAUCUUUUCAGUCUUUCUUCAUUGAGAGUAGUGAAGCGCAAACUGUUUGCCCUGAACUAAUCCAUUUUUUCAUGGUUUUUUGUUUUGUUUCUUCAAAUGGAAUCAAUUAAAAUUGGUGGUGUUGCUGUUGCUGAUUCACGUCCUUCAACUCCUCGGUGGAAUCUCGAUCGACCUUUCCUCACUGGCCGCUUUCACCAGGUCCUUCUUGCUCUCCUACUCCUUCUUUCUAACUUUACCAAAUUAUUUUAUGUUUUUUUUCCCCCUUUCUGAAUAUACGUGGGCAAUGUUUGAACAGGAAACGAAGUUGGCAUCUGGAAGUGGCGAAUUGAAGGAUUCUUUUGAUGUGGAGAAGGCCAUAGGUUGCUACCAUGCGGCAAUUCAGGAACUUAUUGUUAUUGAUGAUAUCUUGUCUGCUUUGGUUGGCAUUGAAGGGAGAUACAUUUCAAUCAAAAGAAUUCAAGGCAAAGAAGAUACUGUAACCUUCCAGGUUGAUCCAUCAAUGGAUUUGACGCUUCAGGAAUCUGCGAAACAGAUCUUCCCUUUAUGCGAGAGCUAUCUCCUAAUUAAUCAGUUUGUUGAGUCGAGGUCGCAGUUCAAGAGUGGCUUAGUUAAUCAUGCUUUUGCCGCAGCUUUGAGGGCACUCCUACUUGAUUAUCAAGCUAUGGUGGCCCAGCUUGAACAUCAGUUUAGAUUAGCGAGACUUUCCAUACAGGGACUGUGGUUUUAUUGCCAGCCCAUGAUCGGAUCAAUGCAAGCUCUAUCCAUUGUCAUUAAGAAGGUUUCAGCCAAUAAUUUUGUUGGUUCAACAGUUCUGAACCUCUUACAAAGUCAGGCCAAGGCUAUGGCUGGUGAUCAUGUAGUUAGGUCUUUGCUGGAAAAGAUGACCCAAUGUGCGAAUACGGCAUACCUUCAAAUAUUAGAAAGAUGGGUGUAUGAAGGGAUCAUAGAUGAUCCUUAUGGUGAAUUUUUCAUUUCUGAGAAUAAGUCCCUUCAAAAGGAGAGUCUAACGGAAGAUUACGAUGCUAAGUAUUGGCAACAACGCUACAGCCUUAAGGAUGACAUUCCUAGUUUCCUCGCUAGUGCUGCCGAAACAAUCUUGACCACUGGAAAAUAUUUGAAUGUCAUGAGAGAAUGUGGGCAUAGUAUUCAGGUCCCCAUAGCUGAGAAUUCCAAAUUGACAAGUGUUGGAUCAAAUCAUCAUUAUCUUGAACGUAUUAAGGCUGCUUAUGAUUAUGCUAGUGGCGAGCUACUGAAUCUUAUCAAAGAAAAGUACGACCUCAUGGCGAAACUGCGGUCAAUCAAGCACUAUCUUCUUCUUGAUCAGGGUGAUUUCUUGGUUCAUUUUAUGGAUAUAGCUCGAGAAGAGUUAGCUAAGAAACCAGAUGACAUUUCUGCGGUGAAACUACAGUCUCUCUUGGACCUUGCACUGAGGACUACGGCAGCUGCUGCAGAUCCAUGUCAUGAAGACUUAGCGUCUUGCGUGGAAAAAACUACCUUGUUGCAAAGGUUGAACACGCUCAAGGAUCUCGAUAUCCACCAGGCUGUCUCUGACAGUAAUCAUUUGGAAGAACUAGUGAACGUCACUGGACUGGAGACAUUUUCUUUGAGUUAUAAGGUUCAGUGGCCUUUAUCCCUUGUUAUCUCAAGAAAAGCUUUGACCAAAUAUCAGCUUAUUUUCCGUUUCCUAUUUCAUUGUAAGCAUGUCAACAGGCAGCUUUGCGCAGCGUGGCAAGUGCAUCAGGGUGUCCGCAGAGUUGACAUGCAGGGAAUUGCAAUCUCCGUAUCUUCUUUGCUGUGUCGAAAUAUGCUCAAAUUUAUCAACAGCCUCGUACACUACUUGACGUUUGAGGUUCUGGAGCCAAAUUGGCAUGUGAUGCACAACAGCCUUCAAAAAGCAAAAAGCAUUGAUGAGGUUAUCCAAUAUCAUGAAUUCUUUCUCGAGAAAUGUUUGAGAGAAUGCUUACUUCUUUCACCUGUUCUAAUGAAGGUUUGUGACGAAGUUUUUGAUUUUGAUUGGUUUCCCUUAUUUUUCAUUGUCGGUCGCAAGAUUUUGCCAGUUUUUUGUGGGGAUGCAGCUUCCUGGAAGAAGUUUCUGGGGAGUUUGGGAUCAAACACUCGGAUUUUGUUGUGAUAUCUUUUUCCGUAAAAAUAUUCUUACAGUAAAGCCUCUAACUGUUAUGUAGAAGGUGGAGAAGCUCAAACUGUUAUGCCUUCAAUAUGCAGUCGCAAUACAACGAUUAAUUACUACCAUGGACAUCCCAAGUACUGGAUUAAGCCCUGACACUUGUCUGGAUAUAGAUAAGUACAAGCAGUUGAAACUGAAGAGCCAUUCCCAGAAGCUGAAAUUGGCUCCCGAAAAUGCUACAAUCAUCGAAUCUGUUCUGUAUGUUAUGAGUUUGAUCUUGUUUCUCGGGCUUCUCUGUUCCCAGUCAAUUCUCUAAUUUAUUUUAACUUACUUUUAGGAAAUUUGAGCGUGAAUUCUCGGCUGAGCUACAGAGUCUAGGACCUAUAUUAAGCAACAGUUCUCGAGCAGAGCCGUAUUUGACCCAUCUCGCCCAAUGGAUUCUUGGGGUUGGCAAGGAACAAUGAGAUGCUGGUGUCUCUCCUUGAACAUUUUAUGAAGAUGAACAGAUACAUCUGGGGUCUUCUACUGGUUGGCGGUAGUAUUUUUCUUGGUCACCCUAGCAGUUGGUACCACGCUUAAUCUUUGUAAUUAUUCUGUUUGAUUCGACAAGCUUCGAUUGGAUUGCGAUGGCUAAGGGAGAAGCAUCUUGCUACCAUGUGUUACUUGUAUUUCAUUGGAAAGAAAAAUUAAUGGUUAGAGGUGAGGGAACUACUAUUUAUGGGGUUUUUUGGUUCCAUUAAGGAUUUGGAGAUAUGUUUCAUUAGGUUUUCGUUCUUUUGUUCUGUAAAUUUAUUUUCCCUUGGUGUAACACUCAUCUGAAAUUGAUUUAACGCGCAAAUCACUUGCAAAGUCAC